AGUUAAUCUAACUAGACUAUCGCCGGCCGGCUAGCUGGAGAACAGCUGUAGUGUGUGUACGCUCGCGAAAAUUGAAAAGCCAAUUUCCGUGUGACAGUGACAGCGGCGCGACGGGACUUAACCACAAAUCGAUCUGAAAUUAAAAAUAUGGCAGCCCUAAAUGCACAAAUUUUCAUCGGAAAUAUCAUACAUUCAAAGAGUCGAGAUGAACUUGAAGUGCUAGAAAAUGGAUAUAUAAUCGUUGUAGGUUCUAAGAUUUUAGCAAUUGGUCUGGAACCCACAUUAAACGAUGCAAAGGCAAGAUUAUCGUUAGGCAACAAAGCGCCAGUGACAACUUUAAGUAAAUCACAACUGCUUAUCCCUGGUUUUGUCGAUACUCACCUUCAUGCUCCGCAAUAUCCAAAUUGUGGAUUAGGAUAUGACAAACAUCUAAUGGAUUGGUUAAAUACUUACACUUAUCCAUUAGAAUCGAAGUAUAGUGACUUGGAACUUUCAAGAAGAGUUUUCAAGGCUCUAGUGAAGAAAACUCUCGACUAUGGAACCACUACUGCUUGUUAUUUUGGAACCUUAUUCAAUGAGAGCUGCAAUAUUCUAGUGGACACAGUCGUCGAUCAAGGACAAAGAGCUUUGAUUGGAAAAGUUAAUAUGACCAAAGGGGCUCCGGAUAAUUACCUAGAGAUACCAGUAAAGUCACUUGAAAAUACUAGAGAAUUCGUUAAGUAUGUACAGUCCAAAAAGUCGAAUUUAGUGAAGCCAAUUAUUACCCCACGAUUUGCAUUAAGCGUCGAUUUAGAUAUGAUGAAAGAACUAAGUUUAUUAGCGAAAUGUGAAAAUUUACAUCUACAGACUCACAUAUCGGAAAACAAGGAAGAAGUAGAAUUAGUUCAAGAACAAUAUGGAAUGCAUUAUGCUAACGUUUAUGAUGAGGCAAACUUAUUAACCCAAAAAACCAUUUUGGCACAUGGCAUUUAUCUUGUUGAAGACGAGUUAAAAUUAAUAGCAAGACGUGGUACGUCUAUUGCCCACUGUCCUGAUUCCAACUUGUGUUUAAAAUCGGGAGCCUGUAAUGUUCGUCAACUUUGGGACUAUGGCAUUUCUGUAGGUUUAGGUACAGAUAUAUCUGGGGGGACUCUUCCAUCCGUUGUAACAAUAAUGAGGCUGUGUUUAUAUUCCUCAAUCCAUUUUUCGUUCCAUAUCAAAAAUUACCAACCUUUAAAUUACGAAGAAGUAUUUUAUUUGGGAACUUUAGGAGGAGCAGAAGCUUUAUCUUUACAAAAGGAAAUCGGAAAUUUCGAAGUAAAUAAGGACUUCGAUGCACUUAUUAUAGACUUAGACACCGAAACUGGUCUGGACUAUUUACUACCCUGUACACCAAGAGAACUUUUGCAGAAAUUUAUUUAUUGUGGAGACGAUAGAAAUAUUAUAAAUGUUUAUGUUGCUGGAAGAUUAGUAAAAUGAUAAAUUCGUUAUUUUUUUUAACUGGACCAAUAUAUGAAAAUGUUAGAUA